UUUGACAAUAGUGAUCCAUUAACUCGGCGUUGUUGACUGGUGUAAUUUUUUGAAACGGACGAGUUUCAAACAGCAGUCUUUUACAAGUAUGAGGAAGAGAAGCAGUAGCAACGCAAGCAGGAGAAGCUCAACAAAUAGAAGGCGCAGUGAGAAUGUAUGUUUUGAUGAAUUCGGCUUUGCCAUUAUCAAAAGAAAGGACCAAAAACUUCAUCAUCGAUGUCAUGAUUACAGCUACCCCCAGCAGAGCUCACUGAGGGUGAAACAGCUAUGUGAGCUGCUCAGCUACUGGAAUGGAGCCAGCUUUAUCUGCAAGAGCCAGAUUGAGCGAUUUAUCAGAAUGGGUAUUCCUCCAAGCCUGAGAGGUAGGGUGUGGAAGUGUCUUCUCACCAUUGACUGUCUGAGAGAAAGCAGUGACUUUAAUUACCAGACCUGCCUGUUAGAAGUGCGAAGGCCCCUGGUGGACUUGGGUGUCAGUGAGUAUGGCAUUCUGUCAACAAUAGCAACACUCAACGACACACAGAACGAUCUGGGCUUGAACCAUCAGCAGCCCUCCAGCUGCCCUGAACCAUGCUACUCUGUAGAUGACAUCACAUUGUUUCGACAGAUCGCCUUGGACCUGCAGCGUUCCUUCCCAACCCACCGCUCUCUGAUGGGGAAGAGCUCAGAGGCCAUUGAGGGUCAGGCAAGGCUCUUUAGGGUCCUCAUUGCCUAUGCCAAAUACAACCCACAGGUUGGAUACAGCCAAGGGAUGUCCUACAUAGCUGCAGUAUUGCUAAUGCAGUUAGGAGAGGAGGAGGCAUUUUGGGCUCUGACAGCCUUGUUGGAUAAACCCAAAUAUCUGGCUAAACUCUUUGACCUCAGCCUCACCAAGGUUCAACAUCAGGUGAAGGUGUUUGACCAGUUUCUGAAACACAGGAAGCCAAAGCUCUCUCAGCACAUGGAAUCAGUGGGAGUCUUAACGGUCCACUUUAUGAUGCCAUGGUUCCUCACUCUCUUCACUUCUCUGCCUUGCUGGGACUCUGUGCUCGCAGUCUGGGAUCUCAUUAUUCUGCAUGGCCUGUCAGCUGUGUUUCGUACUGCUCUGACCAUUAUAGAGCUCCUGGAGCCUCGACUGAUGGACCUGAAUGAUGUGGGAACAGUGUUACCCCUGCUGUUGAGAGUACCUGUUGAUGUGGCCCAGUACACUGUUUUGGUCCCUGCCUUGUGGAAUACUGAUGUCCAAGACUGGGAGAUUAAAUGUAUGAACAGUCUGGUGCUGGAUGAGUGCCACCAUGGACCCAAAGCAGAACAAAGUGAGAAGCCGAAGGCUACACUGUCCAGCCAAAUCAGUGGGGGGAAAGAGAAAGAAAGUGUAUCAGUGCUGUCAGAGGGAGAGAAACAUACUGAGAAAGACUCAGUUGCUGGGGCUAAAAGUGUCCUGACCCGGGUGUUGCGUCUGGCACAGCGAUACCUGUUAGACCCAAUGGGCCGACAGAAGGCUGAAGAGAAGAGUGCACAAACACAAGCCAAGCCCCGACAACAUAGUCCUGCACCUGGACAAGUUUUCAGGAGUCGGAACUUGGCUUCGCUAACACGAGUUCAGAUCAGAUCCAGGAGGCAGAGCCAACAGAGAGGCCGAGCCCAACAGCUGGUAGUGCAGGGGAGGAAUGGUGAUGACACUGUGAAGGAUACAUCUGGACGUGGGGAAACUGUCAGAUCGGAGCAAACUUUCAAGAGGGCAAGCACAGGAUCUAUAGGCAAGGUGGCCCAUCAUCAUAGGAACCACAGCAUUCGAGUCAAGUCCCUCCAUCUCCUACAAAGUGGAAGAAAGAAUCCAUUAAACCAGACCUCUCCCUCCUCUUCUAUCGCCCCUUCUUUGCUCCAUUCCUCUACAUUUCCUCCAUCAUCCUCCAUUCUGUCUUCAGGUCCCUCAUCAUCCAGUGUUCCUCAAAGCAGAGAGUGACACAAGCAGCAAAACACAGGAUGGCUUUCAACAAAUGAUGCACCAGCACUUCAUCUGAUUGUGUUCCCUCUACCUUUGACACAUGACCAGACUAAUCAGAGAACCCUUAGCUUACAUUACCACCCAAACUAAAUUUCCUUUGCUGCUGUUUUUCUGCGGCACUCAGAUGGAGGAACAAUUUCACAAGCUGUUGGAUGAGCCUCUAAAUCCUGCUAGAGGACAGAUGGAGUGCAAAUUUUAUUUCUUAAUGUUUGCCUUAAUGUAUAUUUUUCUUAUUGCCAACAAAUUUCAGUAAAAGACCAGAUCAGCGUCUAGUCGAUCCUACUAACAAGAGCUGUCUGUGUAUCUAAAGUCUGAUGCAUCUUAAUCAUACAGUUCUAUUGUUGUCCAAAAUCCAUUAAAAGGCAUCAGCGAGCCACACCAUUGCACUGGGCAACAUGUCCUUUCAUUGCUAUGAGCACACACAGUCAUUUAGUCAAUCCCACAUACACUGUUCUGCUGUUGUAAAUACUCAAAAUUGCACCAACUCUAAAAAAAAGUUUCAAAAAGGUUUUAAAAAACAAAUAAUAAUAAUAAUAAAAAAUCCAACAUACUCACUCGCUACUCUGUGUAACAUUUGCUCAAAACUCUGGUGUGAGUGUAUAUGGAAAUAUAAACCAUACAGACACUACAGCUAUGUGCACAUUUUGAAAAGUCAACAUAAGUAUCUUUGGACAUAUUUGUAAGAUAGUGUCUGUGCUUCAAGCCUCUUAAAAAUGUCAAAUUGAAUUGAGCUUAAAAGACUGAAUUUUUCAGGAGAAGCAAGGGCUUGGUGCCAGUUGCCAGGGACAGAGGGAGGUUAAUAAUAAUAAUAAUAAUAAUAAUACAUUUUAAUUAUAAGCACCUUUCUGGCCACUCAAGGACAUUGUACAAUAAGACAGCAAUGAUGGAUAAAAUUAACAGAAAAGAAAAGAAAUGUAGGAUGCCGAGGUUGCAGUGAGAAUGCUUAAAGUGAGUAGACAAUCUUAAACAGAUGAGUUUUGAGUUGAGGUUGGACAGUACUGAUAGAAAGGACAACACACUGUUAAUUUAAGAAAAUAAGAAAAUGUAUCUUUUAAUGCUGCUAGUUUCGUUUCACUUCAGUCAUUGUAAGUGCUUAUUCAGAAAAUGAAUCAAGUACUGAAGUUUAUAGUUAUUUUCAAAGUAAAAUAAAUAUGGUUUUCCACAGAUUUCUUACACAUCCUAUAAGAGACAACCUUUUAGUCUUAGUUUCAUUCGACUAUAUGAUACAAUUUACAGAUUUGACCGUGCUCAAUAAUCGGAGGUCUGAGCAUUAAACUCAUAUACAUACACAUUUUUUAAUUACACAAAGUCAGUUCCACUCUUACAGUCAAGAACUAUAACAGCGGUCAAGUCACACUUGACAAUUUUGAUACAGCACUUUAUAUUACAAUGACAGCAAGAAACAAAUAGUUCAAAUAUAAGAAAUCUAAUAACCUACAGGUUUUUUUUAUUUUUUAUUUUUUAUUUAAUUUAAUUUUAUCUCACACAGACUGAUAGAACUUAGACACUCUUUGUUUGGCUUUGGAGUUUUUUAGUUUGUGUCACGUCACCACUGCUGCUCUGUCUGUCUGAUUGAGCUUCUUUUGUAAAAUAUUGUCCAUGUCUCCGCCCUCCCUGCUAGCAUUUGCUUUAAUUGACUGGCAGACAAGUGCAGGAACAGAGCCUGAGAGUUUAUUGAAGUGACUGAAUAAAGCAGAACAGAACCAGCUCAUCAAGUUCAUAAACGUCUGACUCCCUCCUCCUCCUCUAUAAAUCACAGUGUCACAUUUGUCUUGUUUAUCAUGUGCUCUCACACUCCUCUCACACUCCCUAUGAA